AUGGAUUCGGCGGUAACUCUGGAGGAUCUUGCUGAACAGAUCGCUGCUGCCGCAAAGACCGUUGGCAGUUUUCUCACAUCAAAUGGUUUCCCGCAACCAUCCUUUGCGAAAGAUGCUGCCCUUGAAUUCCCAUCAGCGCCGGAAGAUGUACUCAUCGCUCGUCGAAAGCUGCGUGAGGCAACGAAAACACUGCAUGACUUGGUGGUUGGUCCGAGCGAGAGUUUGCGAUGGCUGGCCUGCAAUGUUUAUCACGACCUCUCCAGCCUACGGUGGAUAUAUCACUUCAAGAUCGCCGAGGCCGUUCCUCUAGACCGCGAGGUAGCCUUUGCAGAAGUUGCUGCUACAGCUGGUGUAGAUGAACGCCAACUCCGUCGCAUUCUACGCCACGCGAUGACCAACAAUCUCUUCCAUGAACCACGUGCGGGCUUCGUUACCCAUACUGCGGAGUCGUGUCUAAUCGUUCGCGACAGAGGACUCCGGGAUUGGGUUGGGUACACGUCAGAAGAGUCGUUUCCUGCAUCAACCAAGUUGGUUGAGGCAACCGAGAAGUACGGAGCAACAGAGGAAAAGAACGAAACAGCAUACAACAUCGCUUUUGACACUCCACUCCCUAUGUUUGAGUACCUGUCACGCCAUAAAGAUCGUGCAGAACGAUUUGCAGGGACUAUGGGCGCAAUGACCGCUACUGAAGGCUAUAAUGUCAGUCAUCUUGUGAACGGGUUUGCCUGGGACGAGAUCGGACACGGUACAGUGGUUGACGUCGGGGGCUCUAUAGGACACGCAAGCAUCGCUAUCGCAGAGAAGGCAACUGGCUUGAGGUUCAUAGUCCAGGACCUUCCAGAAAUCGUUGCUCAGGGCGAAGCUUCACUACCUGGAUCCAUGAAAGCACGGAUAUCGUUCAUGGCCCAUGACUUUUUCACUCCUCAACCGGUCAAAUGUGCGGACGUUUAUCUGUUACGGUUUAUUCUACAUGAUUAUCCUGAUCGAUAUGCGGUCAAGAUCUUGGAAAACCUAGUACCUGCGCUUAAGGACGGAGCACGUCUUAUCGUCAUGGAUGGAGUCUUACCAGAGCCGAACACGUUGCCCAAGAGCGAGGAGAGGAUUAUUCGAAUCAUGGACAUGGAAAUGAUGACAACUUUCAAUGCGCGGGAGCGGGAAAUAGAAGACUGGAGGGCACUAUUUACGAAGUCCGAUCCAAGGUUAAAGCUGCGAAAUGUGGUCAAGCCUUCGGGUAGUGUCAAUUCGACUAUGGAGGUUAUCUUCGAAGGAGGAGAAAGUACUUAG